AUGGCUACCCAGCUUCCACUCAUGUUUCGUCUCAUCAUGAAAGAGCUCCAUCACCUCGUCGAAGGAUUCCUGGUGCUCUUGAAUAUAGUCUAUUGCCAGCUUUGGAAGGCAUGUCACGUACGCGUCAUGCCACAGCAGAGCUUGACGCUCUUGCUAAUGCUUUCCGCCACGCGGAAGAGGUUUGUCCGGGUAUAUGUAAUGAGCUAG